AUGAAAAUGACAUAUAACCUCAAAAACAAACAGGAUGGUUUUAAUUUUGUUGUUUUAGGGUUUAUAAUAUAUCUGUCUUGAAAUUAAGGUGUUGAAUUCAAUAUGACUUUAUUGAAAUUACGUUCGGCACCAGUCGUCCUGAUUGAAGAUGAUUACAACAUCAAUAUUUUACCUCUAGUAACUAGUUUAGUAGAAGACAAACUAAAAAUAAACUUAUUUUCCUAUGAACAAUCUAUCAAACUAUGGGAAAAGGUGUUUCAAAACCAAGCCGUCGAGUACUACCAAGAAUUUGAUCCAGAGAGUUAUAUUGAAUGUAUAAAACAACCUUGUCAUGUUUUCAUAGAUUCCGUUACUCAAAUGUCCAUGCAUAUGGGUUGGCACAAAUGUUUGACGUACAUAAGAAAACUUAAAAGCCACGAAAAUGUUGUUAAACUAAUACUAGUACUGCAUAAAGAUUGUAUACAAAUGCAUUCCAAAUUACAAAAACAUUUAAUGCACUUGGCACAUGCUACUAUUACGUACAGUGAAAAUAACCCCUUUCAAAUAGCAGUACAAAUAAAAUUAGGCAAUAAGUUCGUAAAAACAGAGGAACUAUUGUCCUAUGACAAUAUUACAUCCAUGUUAAAAUGUGAGAGAAUAACAAAGGAGGUGAUAAAAGAUGAAGAGCCAGCUAAACCAAAUCCGGGCAACCUCACAACAUUUAAAAUAGAGGUAGAUCAAACGCAGCAAUUGGAGAAGCAUAAUCUGAAGUUGCCAUAUAUGAGUAAAAUAAAUGAAGGCAAAAGUAAAGUUUAUUAUGAACCAGAUGCAGUUGAUGACUGGGAUGAGGAAGACCCAGAUGAAGAUCUUGAUAUUUAA